AUGGAUUUCAAUUUGCAGCAUCGAAAGUACCUAGACAAGAUUAAAGCCAGUGUGUUUAAGAAACAGCAAGAACUCCAGCAGCCGGAAGUUUGCCAGCGGCGUCAACCAGACAAUGAUUUAUCCCUUGUGCCAGUCACUUCCCCACCCGACGAUCCGCAUCAAUAUCCUUCCACGUUUUUUUUGAGUCCGGUCACUUCAAACGAAUCAUAUAAUUACUAUUCUGAUCAAUCUCUGUCAAAGCGACAGUAUUUUGCAGAGCCUCAGUCACCAGCAUCAUCUGUAGAUGAUGGGGAAACCGAGAAGGAAGACAAUGAAGAUGUCAACUCAGAUGCACAGGAAGAUCAGGUUGUAGUGAUGACGACUGAAAGUGAACAAGAGGAGCCCUUUUCACCAUUACUUUCCUUCCCAUUGGAAAUACUUUACAACAUUAUUGAAUAUGUGUAUGUCGACAAUGACAUAUCAUCGAUCAAUUCCAACUUGGAAAAGUUUGCCAAUACAAUCCCAUUGUUACUGAAAAAGUUCCACAGCUUAUCCCUUUGCUUUUUGUACAAGUAUACAAUAUUCAACCGACCACAUUCAUUUGACAAGUUUUUACAUAAUUUAAUAACAGAUCCCACGAUUGGCAAAUACGUUGAGUUUAUGGAUUUCCAGCAGUUUACUUCAAUAGGCUUGGGAAGGACGGGAAGAAUGAAUCAAGAAAUACAGAUGGUUACAUAUAAAACAAUCUCUCAGGCACUUUCCAUGACGCCAAACUUGUUGGAAUUCUUAGCAUCAGAAAAUAUCCAAGACGACAUGAACGUGACUGUUUUGGAUUACUUGUUUAACAAACUACCUAAAAUGAAAGCAUUAGAUUUCUGUGGCGCUAGCUCAGAAUUAUUUGCUCGUGCAUUUAAUGAAUUGCACAUUACUCGAGAAGAUUCAUCAAUCACAAAAUUAUCUUUUCAUGAUUGUUCAAACUUGUCGCCAGAAGUGUUUGGCAAAGUAUUCCCUCAUUUAGUUAACUUGAAACGGUUAGAUUUGAACCAUACAUCAAUCACAUCACCGGUAUUGUUGAAGCUUCCACUAAAUAUCCGGUUGACACACUUGUCGCUCGCCCGAUGCUCAAAGUUGACAACUAAGGAUUUGAUCCAAUUUUUGGUAGACCAUCCAGCAGUAAACGGAGGAUCGUUACAAUGGCUCAAUUUGCAAAUCGAUUCUAAUGUGGUAAGCCCAUUAUCGGAUAUAUAUUUAUUAUACACUCUAAAACAUUUAAAGGCUCCAAAAUUGAAAUAUUUGAAUAUUGGGGGGAUGCCAAUUAAUUACAAAAUAUUAUUGACAAUAAAGGCCAAGUUCGCUGAGUUGGAAAGUUUGAAUAUUAGUCACUCACAGCUCAAGGUUGAAGAGUUGAAUGAGUUUAUGAAAGAUAACACGAUAAUUAAAUAUCUCGAUUUAACUGGGAUCAAACUGUUAACUUCCAACCUAUCGGCAUUUAUGAAGAAGAACUUUUAUAGCGGGCUUGUCGCCAUUGAAUAUGAUUACAAAUCAUUAUACGAUUAUACUGCGAAUGGCGACCUUAUUAGAAUAUCACCUUUGCAAACGUCAUUUAUCGGAGAGCUGAUUCCACCCACUACAUGGCGGUUUUACGACAAUGAAGGAAGACGAGCAUGGAUAUACAAAACUGAUGAAAUAGCCAACAAGCCAAAUACACCCAAAACAUCAAAUCUUGUGUUUUAUGAUUUGGAAACCGGGAACAAAAUUGUAAACACUGUGAAAAAGCCCGAGUUUUUAAAGUAUGGGAGUCGUAAAAUAAACUGUUCUAUUGGGUACUAUAACUUGAAUGGUUACAAGGGUAAAAAGAGUAUAGAUGACUCUUAUUGCUGGCCUGUUGAAUUCAGUCAACGUGGAAUUUAUAAUUAUUAUUCCUUGAAUGUGAAAUAA